AUGUCCUCAGUGCAAAACCAACUUGAAGAACAGAAAAAAAUCAUUGAAUAUCUAGCAUCAAAGUAUGAAAAGGACACUGGCCGCAGAAUCCAGAUGCCCUCUACUCUUGGUCAGCUGCUUGGAGAUGAUUCCAUUGUGGGUGAUGAUAAAAAGUCUACUGAGCCAGAUAAUCUGAAAAUACCUCAAACAUUUGGGGAGGCAGUUGAAUUCUUGCGCUUGCCAAAAGGAGAAGCACCUAAGAAAGGGGAGAGAAAGAAGAAGGAAUUGACUGUACAACCUCAUCACAUGCUGGAGAAAAUAGACCUUUCUGGAUUUAGACACAAGAGAUUUUCAAGAUCUGGGAUGAAAGAGCUGAUUGAGGGACUUCAACUUUUACCUUGCAUCAGAACUUUAUGUUUAAGAAAUAAUGGAAUUACAGAUGAAUGUGACAGAGAGAUACUAGAAAUUUUCAGCAUUGUAAAGAUAAGAUGCAUAGACUUGUCAAAGAACAACAUGGUGAAACUGGGAGGAAUGAUAGGUAAAAAGCUAAAAGACGAGGUGACUCAUAUUCAAUGGAUUGACUUAACUUAAAAUGACUUUUUCAAUGAUAAUCCAGGAAAUAGCCUUAUCGUUUAAGGACUUAAAAAACAAGCAAACCUGGUUUAUGUUGGACUCACUGUUUAAGGUUCUCUUUCUGAUUAAUUAGCUAAAAUGAUUUUGCCUAAGAAACCAGCAUUUAACUUAAAUAUGAGAAAUAGUACUCUGACCAAGGGAGCAGCAGAUCAUAUCUCUAAAGCAGUAUCAAAUAACGAUUAUUACUUGACUUCUCUUUCACUUAAGUUUUGCUUUAUUUCUUUUGAGCAGCUUAUAGAGCUAUCAAACUCUUUAAGAUUUAACAAGACCCUUGUCAAGCUAGAUUUGUCCUCUAAUGCUUUGAAAUCAUGCCAAGUUAAAUUUCUGCUAGAUUCAAUGAUGGACAAUGUAUGCCUAACUGAACUUAAUCUCGCUUCAAACUUCUUAGACGAUGAGUUCGCUUAGGAUCUUUCAUAUGUCCUUGAAAAUAAUCCAGUUCUUUAUAAAGUUGAUAUCUCUAGAAACCCCAUUGGUCCUGCAGGUGCUCAGAUAAUUUUAAAUGCUCUGCUUGUUUCUAAUGAGACAUUAGGUUCUCUAGGAGGUGAUAUUGAUAGUGAUUCUGGAUAGGGCUACCUUGACUAAAAUGUAUAUAUGGGUGUAAGAAUCAGAGAGGAAUUGAGAUAAGUACUAAUUCUAAACAACAGUAGCCAUGAUAAGAAAAGAAUUCAUAUGAAAGAGCUGCAGGAGCAUACUAAAAAGACAUUUUAACAGGAGAAAAAUGGAGAUGAUCCCACUGUUAAGAUGCCUUAGAAAAAAAUCUAUGACAUUCCAGCUACCUAACAAGCAAAAUAUCCAUUACUAAAGCCAGUUACUUUUACCAAUCCAUAAGAAGAUGACUAUCUAAAUUCUUUAACCUGGUGUCUUAAAUGA